AUGCGCCGCGCAACCGCAACAACUGCAACGUCGCCACGUACAGCAGCUUCCUACAGUAACGUCGCAACAACUGCAACAACUGCGGGGGGGCAUCACGUACAGCGGGCGCGCGCGGCGGUGGCCGUGCUCCGCUGCCUCGUGGCCGCGCUGGUGGUCACCAUCCUCCUCGCGGGGCUGGCUGCGCUCAUUUUCUGGCUCGUGGUCCGGCCGAAGUCCAUCGACUACACCGUCACCGGCGCCGUGGUGCGCCACUUCAACCUGGCGGUCGAGGACGCGCCGGCGCCGUUCCGGCAGCCGCACCGCGACGAGACGCGGCUGGAGGUGCGCGCCGUGGCGCGGUCGGUGCCCGUCGGGGAGCAGACCGCGCGGGAGCUUCGGCACGACCUCGCGGCGGGGCAGGUGGGCGUCGACGUCCGGAUGCGCGCGCGCGUCCAGUUCAAGGUCGCCGGCGUCAGGAGCAGGCGCUACGACCUGCAGGCGUUCUGCUCGCCCGUCGUCAUCGGCCUCGCGCCGUCGUCUGCAAGGUCGUUCGAGAGCGUGCCGUGCGACGUCGCCAUCUCUUGA